UUUUUUCCUGUGUUAUCCUGCUCGCUUACUCAAAUUGAACAGUUAAUGCUAACCAUUGCAGUAUCUCAUAUAAGCACCACUCCUAGUAUUCUCAGCCCAAUUGUUUCAAGCAUCUCGCUUUUAUCGCCAUUCGUCUGCACUCUUCAAGUCAUAUGGCAAUCACAUUGGCAAAAGGUAUUUUACGAUACACAUUUCACUUAUCAAACGAUCCUCGCUUCUCUUGAACAAAUGGUAUUCCGCUUACACCAUGAAAACAGCUACACUUUUGAUUAAGGAGUUUUAAUUCUUACUAAACACUACUCAUCACUUGCAUCUUCAUUUUAGCAUCAGUCUCACUUCCUUUAUAAAUUGUAUUGGUCUAGUUGACUUUAAAUAAAACCCGGACUACUGGCUCACCAGUGCUCCCUUAUAAAAAAAA